AUGGAAUCCAGCAAGUCAUUUUUCAUACGGGAUCUACUAGGUGAUUUAAUUAGCAGUCGCCAUUCUGAACAAUCAUUUACAACCAGGCUCAUAUCUGACGAUGAAGAAAAUAGUGAUAUAGAUAUAGAAGACAGAUCAUCAGACUCGGAAACUAUUGGUCAUUAUAAUUCCUACAUCACUAACGAGAAUGGUACUGCCGAAAAUAUUCAUCGUACAUUACUCGCCACGAUUGAACGAGAAUCCAAAGCCAGCUGUAUGUUAAGUUCAACGCAGGAUGUACACACAUCAGGAAUAAUCAUAAAAAGUGGACGAAAACCACGGAGACGAAGAACUGCUUUUACACAUGCCCAAUUAGCUUACUUGGAGCGUAAAUUUAGGUGCCAAAAAUAUUUAUCGGUAGCAGACCGAAGUGAUGUCGCUGAUGCAUUGAAUCUUUCAGAGACGCAAGUUAAAACGUGGUAUCAAAACCGUCGGACAAAAUGGAAACGGCAAAAUCAACUUCGCAUGGAGCAGUUACGGCAUCAGGCUACGCUAGAAAAGAAUUUAAUAAACGUUUCUACAACACCCGGCGGCAAUGUUCCAACAAGACAUCUUCAUCAGCAAGCUGAUUCACCAACUAGUUCAUUACCAGUUACUAGAUCCAGUAAUCAAUGUUGCCAAACAUCGCCUGCCCUGGUUGUAUCGACACCAUUCGUUUCAUCCAAUCCGUGUAGCUUUCUGACUUCUGCUGCUGCGGCAAUUUUUCGGAAUGUUGGACAACCAUGGACAUCCAGUUCGAUGCUGUAG